UUUUUAAGUUUACGGCCCUGGUUUGGUAAGGAUGCGGUCAAGCUAAGUUGUCAUGGAACCUGGGCCCGCGAAGCUCCUAUGGCAACGGCGGCGGAAGCAGGCAGGCGGCUGAAAAAGCCGGCGUACGGCCAGGCGAAUGAAUCUGCACUUAAAGUUCCCGAUCCAUUUCAGGCAAUGGGGGUUCCAAAUCUUCAAAUAGCAGUGGACUAGUAUCAGAGUCGCUUUCAGCGGGACGCCCCACCAAAAUUCGGUGGGGAUUCGCGUGUCUGGCCUGUGCCGGGUCCCCACCUACGACCGGACGCGAGGCGUCUAUUCAAUGCACUUUGUAAAAGUGUUCCUGGGGUCACUUGAGCGUAGGGCAGGUUGUGGGUUGGGCAAGAUCAAGUCUCGAAGGUCGUGGGAUCGAUUCCAUUGGCUAAGCAAAGAAAAAGGUCACCUCAAUGCACUGUUCCAUGCCACUGCUCACAUCACCUUCCCAACACUCCACUUCCACUUCCACUUCCGUAAUGCUCUGCUUCUUAUGAUUAAUCGUGGCCCCUGCAACAUAAAUAAGUCUCGAAAUCCAUUUUGAUUUACAUUAAUAAUGGCCGCAUGGAAGGAGGGCGACAGUCGGCUUCGCGGCAUCUCUUCCGCUAUCCGCGUUGUGCCAGAUUUUCCCAAGCCCGUUGUUAAUUUUAACAGGAAUAAUGUUUCAAGACAUAACGACGCUUCUUCUUAAUCACAAGGCAUAUAGGGACGCUAUUGACAUAUUUGUUGAGAGAUAUAAGGACAAGGAUAUUUCUGUCGUUGCAGGAAUAGAAGCAAGAGGUUUUAUUUUCGGCCCUCCCAUUGCAUUAGCAAUAGGUGCCAAAUUCAUUCCAAUGAGGAAACCAAGAAAGUUGCCAGGUGAGGUCUUGGCUGAGGAAUAUGUUUUAGAAUAUGGGACUGAUCGACUUGAGAUGCAUAUAGGAGCAGUACAGCCUGGCGAACGUGCCCUUGUUGUUGAUGAUCUGAUCGCAACUGGAGGAACCUUGUGUGCAGCCAUGAGGUUGUUAGAGCGUGCUGGUGCUGAGGUGGUAGAAUGUGCCUGUGUCAUUGGGUUACCCGAGUUGAAGAGUCGGGAAAGGUUGGAUGGAAAACCUUUAUAUAUUCUCGUUGAAUCUCGUUAAUUGCAGUUAUGCAUCAAUGUGAAGUUUGUUGAAAACUUAUGUAUUCAAAAUAUUUUUUCCGCCCCAUGAGUUGUGGUGAGCAAUAUCUUAGUCAGUCUGUUGUAUAUUAAAAGAACCAAUUUCAUCAAGUUGCAUUUUGUAGAGAUAGAUGUGGGUUCUUAACAGCAGAGAUUUUUUUAUGGGAUAAAAUUUUGUUAAUUUGUUUUUAAGCAAAGAUUUUUCUUAGUAAUCGUGGGUUACAAAAUUUUAGUUGUUCCGAGAAGAUUCUUCACUUUUCCAGAAACCCUUAUAUAUGGUCAUGAAUGUGACUGGCUUUGACCUUAUUUACAAUUCUUACUGAAAACAGUAAUAGAUAAUGAAACAUUUUGACA